GCAUGACGACGCUUUUAUUAUUAUUAUUAUUAUUAUCGCAAUUUCACUGCUUUACAAAAAGAAGGUCUGUCUUCAUUUGUCUGCACAGCAAGACCGGCAAUUCGUCGCUUCACAGAAGGCUGAAACAAGACGUCUCUCGUCUCAAACAAAACAAACAUCGCCACGUGUGUGUGUGUGUGUGUUCCCAGCAACAUCAUCGUCGUGUCAACACCGCACUUGUAGCAUGGCAAGUACGUCCUCCUUUUGCUGGGACGGGGUAGACAGGGCGUUGGAGCGGGGAGACGCGAAAGGCGCCGCGUCAGUGGCGCAGGAAGGUCUGCGCGCCGUCGCCUAUGAUGAGCGCAGACGCUUCUUCACGCAGCUCUGCACGGUGCUGCUGCGUCAUACCCGCACCAGCGACGGCGCCGUGUGUGUAGCCGAGGCGGGCGAGCUGCUAUGGAUGAUGCCGGAGGUUCGCUCCAGUUCCUCGGCGACCACCACCGUGUCCGGUGAGACACUGCUCCUCGCCGCUGCGCUGGCCACGGCGAACGUGACGCUGCAGAACUACGAGAAGGUGCUCGUCUUUGACCGCGAGCUGCUGCAGUCGCCGGCCUUCUUCACCUACGACGGCUUUACGGCUAUCGAGCGGCUGGCAUGCGUGGCGCGCAUACUCGUGGCGUCCCGCAUGACCGACGGGACCCGCUACGUGGACUCGGCGGUGCACAAGGGGAUGUCGUUGUACCACGGACUGGUCAAGUCGUGCGUGCGACUGGGCGACGCUGCGCAGCGGCAACGCGAUGCCGUCGUGUGCGCCUACCUCUUUGAGCUGGCGUGCUACCGGCAGAAACAGAACGACUACGUGCGUGCCUUUCAAUCGUUCUUGGCUCUCCAUGACAAAAAUAAGCAAACGGAGGUCCUUUGCCGGGCUGCGCUUGCCGCGCUGUGCAUACGGGCAGGUGAAGGGGUGCGGCAGGGGGCACUGCAUGACGUGUUACUUCGAUGCAGCCCCGCCGCGUUGCCGUCUCUUUAUCCUUACGUGCAACAGGCCUACAGCCAACAACUCUUCCGCGCCGCAGACACGGCAGCCGUCUUGGCUGCUGCGGGGGAAUACGUGCCUACAAAUGUCCUUCGUGACGCGCUGCGCGAGCACAACAUUCUGCUGCUCGCAAAAGCCUUCGACUGCGUCUACUGGCGCUCUUUGUGCGUACACAUGGACGAUGAUGCCAUCACCGAAGGGGAGCUCUACGACCUGCUGGUGUCGAUGGUACACGCGCAGCGGUUACCGGUGGCUAUUCAUCAGGAUACGGGCUUUAUCGAGUUCGGCGAAGGACAGGCAGGUGCACGGCAGCGCGUGAUGACGGACGCGGACGUGUUUAAUCGAAUUGCGAAGGCGACGGCGGUCAUCGCUGCAGCUCGUCCUGACCUGCUCUCCUAG